UGAGGCUCGCCAUGUUGAUGUUUUGAUGUUCCCAGACGGACGGCAGCCAUGAUGUGACGACCUACAUAGCACAGAGAGCAACAAGUGCGCCCAGGUUUGACGAUAGACCAUGGCUGACUUCAGACCAGACGAGAAUCUGACCAAUGGUGUGGAUGUCCAGUGGGUCAGCAAGCCAUGGGUCAGGAACCUGCUCAGAGGCUGUGCCUUGCUGAGUGUGGUGUCUGUCAGCAUGAACACACCCGCGACCUUCCAGCAGCUGUCCCAGCUGUGCUUCCUGACCUUCGUGCUGGACAUUGUGCUGACCUUGCUGUACACCACCGAGAUGAUGGGCAAGAUGCACUUCAGGGGCGUGCUCAAGGGUGAUAACCCAUACCUGAAGGACCACUGGUGCCUGUUUGAUGCCACCAUGGUGCUGUGUCUCUGGGUGUCUGUGGUACUCCAGGUGUUUGAACUGUCGGGUUAUGUGGAGGAGUUCACCCCCCUCAGUAUCCUGCGAGCUCCCAGACCUCUCAUCAUGAUCAGAACCUUCCGCAUCUACCUCAAGUUCCAACUGCCCAGAGCCAGGAUAACCACCAUCGUCAAGAAAUCCAGCGGUCAGAUUUGGAGUGUGAGCAUCUUCCUGCUGUUCUUCCUGUCGCUGUACGGCAUCCUGGGAGUUCAGCUGUUUGGGGAGCUGAAGUAUCACUGUGUGACCAACGGGACAAAACCAGGCACUGUGACCCUGGAGUCGCUGGCUGUUCCAGACACCUACUGCUCCCCCCACCCCGGCAGCGGCUACUCCUGUCCUGAGGGGAUGGAGUGUGUGGACAUACAGCUCAAACGCUCACAGAGAGGCUACAGCGGGUUUGACGAGUUCGGCUCCAGUGUGUUCACAGUGUACAACGCUGCGUCCCAGGAAGGUUGGGUGUUCACCAUGUACAAAACCAUCGACAGUUUCCCUGAGUGGAGAUCUGUCUACUUCUUCUCCAUGAUCUUCUUCCUGGCUUGGCUUGUGAAGAAUGUUUUCAUAGCUGUGAUAGUGGAGACAUUUGCAGACAUCAGAGUCCAGUUUAAGGAGAUGUGGCAGUUCAGGGGCAGUCCUACCACAUCAGCUGGCACUAAGAUUGUCCAAGAACACGGAACAGGCUGGCAGUUGGUGGCUAUGAAUACCAGAUGCCCAAGAGGACUAGCACCACAGGUCUGUCAGUACAUCCUGCAGUCGUCAGUGUUCCACGUGGUGAUGUUGUUGUUUGUGCUGGCCAAUGCUGUUGUCACGGCGACCAUACAGUUUGACGUAAAUCGCAACACCAAGGAGUAUGAGAACUACCGCAAACUGGUCUAUGCUAUAGAGGUGGCGUUUACAGUGUUGUUUGACCUUGAGGUGGUGUUUAAAGUGUGGUGCCUUGGUCUCCAAGGUUACUGGAAACGGUCGCUGCACAAGUUUGAGCUGAUCCUGGCCAUAGGAACGACCCUACACAUCCUGCCUGUGUUCUACUGCUCACAACUCACCUACUUCCAGGUACUACGUGUGGUGCGGCUUAUUAAAGCUUCUCCCAGUUUGGAGGACUUCUGCUAUAAGAUAUUUGGUCCAGGGAAGAAGUUAGGCAGCCUGGUGCUGUUCACCAUGAGUCUGCUGGUGGUGGCCUCAGCUGUCAGUCUGCAGCUCUUCUGUUUCAUACCAUCACUCAAGGCCUUCACCACAUUCCCAGCUGCCCUGAUGUCCAUGUUCCAGAUCCUUACACAGGAGGGGUGGGUGGAGGUGAUGGAUCAUACCAUGUGGGCUGUAGGGGAGACAUAUGCCCCACUGGUGGCUGUCUACUUCAUUCUGUACCACAUGUUUACUGCAGUGAUUGUGGUGAGUUUGUUUGUGGCAGUUAUUCUGGACAACCUGGAGUUGGAUGAAGAUCUGAAGAAACUCAAACAGCUGAAGGCAAGAGAAGAGGUAGGGACAAAGCAGAAACUUCCACUCCGGCUUCGAGUCUUUGAGAAGUUCCCGAACAAGCCUCACAUGAUCAAGCCAUCCAAGCUGCCAGCAGACUUCCCUCUGCCAAAAAUCAGGGAGAGUUUUAUGAAGCAGUUUAUGGAGUGUACUGUGUCUUUGAGAAUGUUCCUGAAGAAAAGGUCCACAGCACAGGACACCAAGACUCAGGACAAGAAGGACAAACUGGGACAUGGAAAGUUGCUGACAUGUCCUGUGCGACCCAGGACUGUAAACAUGAGAGAGAAGAAUGAAAGGGUCGCUGAGGAAAUCAGGGCAUGUAAUGACAUUAAACAGUCGUCAGGCUUGACUGUACCACCAGCCUCCACCAGCCCUAGUCUCCUGGGAAUACAGCACCAGAUCAGGGCUGACAGGAGGUACAUGUCUCUGCGCCACAAUACCAACAAAGACACCAAGAAGACACUGGAGAGAAUGAAGGACAAUAGCCAGGACAACCCUCCCACUCUUGGGUACCGUAGAGAUGCCAAGGAGAUGAACAUCAAACUGUUACAUCAGAAAAGACAACAGGCUGAGCUUAAAAGGAAAGUCCAAGAAGAGGAACUGAGAGAGAAUCACCCAUACUUCGACACACCUCUGUUCUUCCUGUCAGAAAACUCCAAGUUAAGAUUGGUCUGCAAAGCCAUUGUGUACGCACGAUAUUCCAAGACUGUGUCAACCAAAGGUGGUCUGUUGACCAACAGAAUACAUAAACUGCUGGGCAUUGUGCCCUACAUAGACUGGGUGAUGAUCAUCAUCACUAUCUUGUCCUGCGUGUCCAUGAUGUUUGAGACACCAAAACGUCGCAUCUCCAACACCACAUCUCUACUGGUUGCUGAAUACACAUUUGUCAUUGCCAUGAGUGUGGAACUCUCACUGAAGAUCCUGGCUGAUGGGAUGUUCUUCACUCCAAAGGCCCUGAUCAGAGACUUUGGGGGAGUCCUGGACAUUUUCAUCUACUUGGUGAGUUUGAUCCUGCUGUGUUGGCUGCCUACAAGUGUUCCACCUCGCUCUGGGGCCCAGCUGUUGCUGAUAUUCCGUUGCCUGCGCCCUGUGAGGAUUUUCCGGCUGGUUCCCCACAUGAGGCGGGUGGUGAUGGAGCUGCUCAAGAGCUGGAAGGAGGUGGCCAUGGUGUCCAUCCUCCUGCUGGUCCUGAUGUUUGUGUUUGCCAGUUUUGGGGUUCAGUUGUUUGCAGGGAAGCUGGCCAGGUGCAACGAUCCAACCAUCACACUCAAGGAAAAAUGUGUGGGAGCAUUCUGGAGAGGGAUGCAUGUAACGAAGCUGCCCAUUGGUCAGUCUGACAACAGUCAUGACCUGGCUCCAAAAAUGUUGGUGCCAAGAGUUUGGGCCAAUCCCAGGAACUUUAACUUUGACAACAUUGCCAACGCCAUGCUGGCUUUGUUUGAGGUCCUGUCAUUGGAGGGUUGGCUGGAAGUCAGGGAUAUCAUGGUCAAACAGGUUGGCCCGUACCAUGGUAUCUACAUCCAUGUGUUUGUGUUCCUGGGCUGUAUGAUUGGUCUCACACUAUUUGUGGGAGUCGUCAUCGCAAACUUCUAUGAGAACAAGGGUUCUGCUCUGCUGACUGUGGAACAGAGACGAUGGGUGGACCUGAAGAAGCGUCUGAAGAUCGCUCAGCCCCUGCAUCUUCCUCCAAGGCCAGAUGGUAACGGACUGCGUGGGAAACUGUUUGACAUUACCCAGCAUGCCGUGUUUAAGAGGUUUAUCGCCCUGCUGGUGUUGGCCAAUUGCAGCCUUCUGUCUGUCAAGUGGCGUGUGAAUGCAGACAGCACCAUUCCGCUGGCCACCACCUCUGUAGUCUUCACUACACUCUUCCUACUAGAGGUGUUGAUGAAGACCAUAGCCAUGGGUCUGCCUGGGUACUGGCAGAGUCGCAGGAACCGUUAUGACAUGUUUGUCACCACGCUGGGCGUCGUCUGGAUGGCCAUGCACUUCUCUCUACAGGAUGAGUACAGUAACACUAUGGGAGCUGUGGUCAUCAUGCUGAGAUUUUUCUCCAUCACUGGCAAACAUGCUACCCUAAAGAUGCUACUCCUGACUGUAGUUGUCAGCAUGUUGAAGAGUUUCUUCAUCAUAGCUGGGAUGUUCCUGUUGAUGCUGUCCUACUCCCUGGCAGGGGUGGUGCUGUUCGGCAGUGUCAAGUACGGAGAGAACUUAAGCAGACAUGCUAACUUCUCCACUGCACCUAAGGCCCUGUCUGUGCUGUUCCGUAUGAUCACUGGGGAGGACUGGAACAAAAUCAUGCAUGACUGUAUGAUCAGUCCUCCUAUCUGCACAGUAGGCAGGAACUACUGGGAGACAGACUGUGGAAACUCCACAGCUGCACUUCUCUUCUUCUGUUCCUUCUACAUCAUCAUAGCCUACAUCAUGCUCAACCUGCUAGUCGCUAUUAUCCUGGAGAACUUUUCCCUGUUCUACUCUGGAGAGGAGGAUGCUUUGAUCAGUUACAGCGACCUGCACAACUUCCAAGUCACCUGGAGUAUGGUGGACAUCAACAGACGGGGCAUCCUCCCAGUGCGCAAGGUCAAGUUUGUUCUACGAUUGCUCAGGGGUCGUCAGGAGGUUGACCUUGAGAAAGACAAGCUACUGUUCAAACACAUGAUCCAUGAACUGGAGCGGCUUCACAACGGGGAGGACGUCACCUUUCACGAGGUUCUCAUCAUGCUAGCCUACCGGUCGGUGGACAUCUCCAAGUGUCUGCAGCUGGAGGAGCUCCUGGCCAGAGAGGAGCUGGAGUAUGUGAUAGAGGAGGAGGUGGCCAAACAGACCAUCCGCAGCUGGCUGGACAAGUGUCUCAAGAGGUCCAGAAUGAAAGCCCAGCACCAGUCCAACAUGAUCACCAUGCUGAGAGCCAACCAAUGGGAGGACAUGAAGGCCCUGCUCAGCCCCACCUCCCCCAUCCCUGUCGACCAGCAGAUCUCCCGCGCCGCUUCCGACGAGAUGUCGCCGCGCGAGAUGGACAUCCUGGCACGGAAGGCGUCCGGGGGAAGUCCGCUCAUGUUUCAUGAGGCCUGGGAAGACCACCAGGAGGGGGAUAAGCAAAGAUGUGUGUCCCAGGGCAGACGACUCACUCCAGUUGGUGGAGGCCUGGUCCACAGAACCUCGACAGUCCACCCUCGCAUCAGUCUGGGACACAGACCGACCGUCACACGAAGGGCGCCGUUCUACGCCACAUCCGCCAUCGUGUCAGAGGUCACAGACUGGUGGAAAAACAUGCACACUCAGAAGUAA